AUGUCGACAACUGGUCUAAUUGGUGCAGCUGAACUUUCGGAAAAUGUAUCGAUCGAAAAUGAGCAAGAUCAAUUUGUAAAUGAUAAUGAGGAAAAACAGACACAACAAGAACAACAUCAACAAUAUCACUUUGAUGUUAUUGUUAUUGGUUCAGGACCAGGAGGUUACACGAGUGCUAUUCGAUGUGCACAAUUUGGUAAAUCAGUAGCAAUAGUUGAACGUGAUCUUAUAGGUGGUCAUGCUGUAAACUGGGGUUGUAUUCCACUGAAUGCAAUGAUUGCUUCUGCACGUUUUAUUCGUUCAAUUUAUGAGUCAAAUCGUUAUGGUAUUGAUAUAUCAUCACAUCGUAUUGAUUUUUUACGUAUUGCUCGUCAUCGUGAUCAAGCAGUUAAGAGAGUUCGUUCUCAAAUUAAAAAUUUCUUAGAAAAAUAUCAUAUUCAAGUGUAUACUGGUGUUGCCCAUAUUAUUGAUAAGAAUCACAUAAUAGUAAAACCAAUUCAAAAGUAUAUUUAUGCUAAUGUAUAUGAUGCAGAUGGUCGAAAUCCUUAUGAAACCGAUGACUAUGUACCAAUUAGAACUGAUGUUGAAAUUAGUGGCCAAAAUAUUAUUAUUGCAUCAGGUGUUGAAUAUGGAUUACCUAAUUUUGUUGAAUCCAAUGAUACAAAAACAGUAGAUCCUACUCAACUUCUUUGGCAUAAGAAUAUACCUGACUCAUUGAUUAUUAUCGGCGGAGGCGUAUUAGGUUGUGAACUUGCAUCUCUCUAUCGUCAUCUACGUUCGAAUAUUGUCUUAAUUGAAAAAAAUUCAAGAUUACUCAAAUUUAUGGAUGAACAAGUUUCAUUUGCAGUUGAAACACGUCUUAAAGAUAUUGGUGUUGAAAUUAUUCUCAACGCUCAUGUUGAACGAGUUUCAAAAGGUGAAGUCAUCGUAGAACUACAACAAACAAAUACGAAACGUACGAUUCUUGGUAAUCUCGUUGUGAUAUGUACUGGUCAAAAACCAACUUUUGAUUAUGAAAACUUACUAAAUCUUGGUAUUGCUAUCGAUCAAGAACGUUCAACUAUUAUUAUUGAUGAAAAUACGUGUCAAACAUCAAUACCAACUAUUUAUGCAUGUGGUGGAGUAGUAUCUUCUUGCUGGUCUUGGGUUCCUUGUGCUAUACAUCAAGGACAUUUAGUAGCAAAUACAAUAUCUGAAAACCCAUUGAAUGAAUAUGAAGAUAAUAGUAAAUCUCAUAUCCCUAUUAAUCUAGCUACACCAUUUGUGGUUAAUGUCAUACCGGCAGUUGCCAGUGCUGGUGAAGUACCAAAAUUAAUUGAUAAUGUACUUAUUUACACAUUCAAAUUUCAAUCGAAUCGAAGAGCAAUUAUUGAUGAUCAAACUUGGGGUUUUAUUAAAAUGUGGACAACACGUGAAGAACCAAAGAAAUUUCUUGCUGUUCAACUGAUUCAUGAAGCAGCAGCAGAAAUAAUUGAAUAUUAUAGUAUGAUUAUGUCAUUGAAUAUUCCACUCCGUGAAGUAUGUCUUCUUCCAUUUGCUCAUCCAACUUAUACUGAAAGUGUGAAAGAAGCAUGUGAAUAUGUACUCGGUCAAUCAAUGAGUUAUGAAGGCACUUAUUUGAAUUAA